AUGAACCAAUCGAUCCAACCUAAUCAUACUAUAAUACGUAUCAAACGUAAAGCUACUGAUCCUCCCUUAAGUUCUCUCGUCAUCCAAGACACUUCCAAACGUCGUAGAGACGUUUCAGGUAGACCAAGAGGAGUAUUCCGUUUAGCAGAUACCGUACCACAUACCUGGCGUGGAGAAGGUGAAGAGCAAUUAGAAUUAAAACAGAGGAUAGAGAAUUUGAGAUCUGGACCUUCCUUCGUUCCUCCUUUAAAAUCAUUUUCGUCCUCUCAUACACCCCCUGAGGUUAUCCCUACAACUCCGACCAGUCCGCCUAACUUACCAGGUGACAAUGGACUUUCGAUCCAAAACCCAACUACAUCAUCUUCAGGUUUAAUUCCAUCUUCAGAUUCAUCGUCAUCUCAAUCAAAUCCCUCAUCCUCAAGAGUAUUGCAUAACCAACAGAAACACAAUGAUUUUGGUAAAGCUGUCCAGGAUGAGGAGGCUGUUCCGAACAUCAAUGAGAAAAUGAAUAAACCUCAUAACGCUGGAAAGACUGGAGAGGAAAUUUUCCCAGCACCACGGUCUACACUUCCUGUGAAAGGAUCAUCUUUGUCAGCCGCUAGGUUGGCAUAUAGGAUCAUACCUCCUGUUCAUGGACGAGAAAAAAGGAAACAGGAGAUAAUGGUUCCUAAAGUUUACAGUGCGGAAGAAUGGGAACGACAACAAUCAUCUUUAUUACUAAUAGACGCUCAAGCAAUCGACUCUCAUGCUCGCGAAAUAGAUAUGAAUCAAAUAGCUGAAGAAAAAGAGAUGGAAGCGUUUUUACCUAUGUUAGAGGAAUAUCUCAAAUUGGAUAAAAAUGCCGUGAUAAAUCCUCUAGAGAAAGAAGAAUAUGUAUAUGAUUUGUAUUAUAAGGAUUUUGAUAGUCGUCCGUUAGGAGUAGGGGAUGGUGUCACACCUUUAUCUGUUGGACAAUUACUCGGAUACGAAGACUUAUCACCACCGUCAUCAGAUUCAGAGUCGGAAUUGGAAGAUGAAGCGGAUGAAGAUUCUAACGAUGAAGGUUAUUAUCGGAAUGAUUAUCCUGAAGAUGAGGAACAGGAGGGUAGUAGUGGUAGUGAAGGUAGUGAAGGUAGUGAAGGUAGUAAUGAUCAACGAUCUGGGGGUGAAGGUGGAUUGUGGGAUUAUAGAUGA